AUGGAAGAUACUCAGUCAGUUGUUACACUCAUAGACUCCACAGCCUCAAAGAUACAACAACUUCACAAAGCAUUCGCUGAGCUUGAAAGUCACCGAGCCGUUACCCUUAACUUGAAAUGGAAGCAGCUUGAAGAACAUUUUCAUGGACUUGAGAAGUCCUUGAAGAGGCGUUUCAAUGAAUUGGAAGACCAAGAAAAAGAGUUUGAUACCAAAACAGUUGAAGCAAAAGAGUUGUUGGAAAAACGUGAAGCAGCUGUUGUGGCCAAGGAACAAGCUUCAUUGGAGAGGCUCCAAGAGAAAAGAGAUGCGGCGGUGUAUGCCAUUGCUAAUGCUCUGGAGAACCAUGGGCAGGCAUUUGCUGUGGAACCUGCUGUUGUUAAUAGCGAAGACCAAGGUGAAGCACCCGUUGUGGAAGAAAAAUCACCUGAUUCCAUGGCCGCUGAGAGUAACUUAGAAGAUGCGAAAAAACCUUCUGAAAUUGCCAGUGUGGAGGUGAAGUUUUAUCCUGAGCUUGUCAAUCUUUGCAAAGAGAUGGAUUCUGCAGGCCUCCAUAAAUUCAUAUCAGACAACCGUAAGAAUCUUGUCGCUCUAAGGGAGGAAAUUCCCAUUGCAUUAAAGGCUGCAGCUGACCCUGCUUGUCUGGUUCUGGACUCCCUCAAGGAUUUCUACAGCUCAGAAUUGUCAAAUCUUGAUGGAAAGAAGGAUUCAACUCUCUUAGGUCUACGCCGAACCUGUAUUAUGUUGAUGGAGUGCCUUAGCAUUUUACUAACAACCCUGGAUCUGGGUUCUGCUUCUGAUAUAGUCUCAGAAAAUGUUAAGGAACGAGCAAAGGUUAUUGCCGAAGUGUGGAAACCAAAGUUAGAUGAACUUGAUAUGGAUGCCAGCAAUGGAAACUCCUUGGAGGCACAUGCAUUCUUACAACUUCUAGCUACUUUUGGUGUCAAUUCUGAUUUUGAUCAUGAAGAUUUAUCCAAGCUCAUACCUAUGGUUUCUCGUCGUCGCCAAGCAGCUGAUCUUUGCCGCUUCCUUGGUUUGUCUGACAAAAUGCCAGGUGUAAUCGAUGUGCUGGUGAAUAAUGGGAAGCAAAUUGAUGCUGUUAAUUUAGCUUUUGCAUUUGAGCUUACAGGGCAGUUUUCACCUGUCUCGUUACUGAAAUCUUACUUGACGGAGGCAAAGAAGGUGUCUUCACCUGUUAAACCUGGAAAUACAUCUCCUACUAUGCAGAUAAUCUCGUUUAAACUUUUGGCAGCCAUGUUGAAGUAUUUGGAACCACUUAGUAAAAUGUGGGCUGAUGCUGGAUGUUCAUGGACCGAUGUCAGUGAAAGGGAGCUGACUGCACUUAAGGCUGUGAUCAAGUGCAUUGAAGACCACAAACUUGAGGAGCAAUACCCCUUAGAACCACUCCAAAAAAGGGUUCUCCAGCUUGAGAAGGCGAAGGCAGACAAGAAAAGGGCAACAGAAGUUGCAAAACCGCUACCCAAAAGACCCCGUGCCAAUGGUGUAGGAAAUGGGCCCCGAGUCACCAAUGUUGCUGUUGACAAGAACUUCUAUGCUAGGAUUACCGAUAGGUACCCUCAGUACAUCUACGACAGACCUUAUGCUUACCCCGGACCAACUGACAGCCAUGGUCCCUCAUUUCUGGGUACUGCUACUUACAACCUAUCAGCUGCUCAUGGCAACUACUUUGGAAAUGGCUACCAGUACCAGGCCCCGUAUCUGCACUAAUUAGUAGGAUGGUGGAAGUUUGAUUAUGAUCCUUUUAACUGUUAGUGUUAACCCUUCAGUUUGUUUAAUCUUGCUCUGUAUGAUCAAAUUUAUCACUAAAAAAGGCCGAAAACGGGGAAAAUUAGCCUUGAUGUUUAAUCUGUUGUAAAAGCUGAUACUAUGAUCCUUUAAUAUAUGCACUGUUUUUAAUUUGCA